AUAAUUCUGCACCUUUUCGCUGCAGUUGCUCUGCAUACUUACCUCCAGAUUGUACCCAUAAUUUCGGAGUUCCUUUUCAGACCUCCAGAUCGAAGAGUGCUCUACUAUGUGGACGCAACCACUGUUGAGAUUUCUGUUGCUGUGAUCAGAUUUAAGUUUGAAUGGGGUAAUAUUAUGUCACCUUUCAAUCUACGGUUUUAUGUUUUCUUCCUCAAAUGUUGGCGGCAUUUACAGUGGCUUCUCUUCUCUGUUGUUGAUUCGUGUCGCUUCAUGGUUAGCUUUCUUCUCAUGGAGAUCAGCUUUCGUGGGAUACAGUUGGAGCAGGGUGCCAGGUCCGUUAAUUGCAUUGUGGAAUCAUCAGCGCUAGAUUUCGACUACGAGCAAGUGAGCAGGUUGCGCGAUUAUAGAACGGCUUGCAGCAACAGUUUCAUCACAAAAUAUCUUAGACCAGAUUUGUUAGCAUGACCACGAUCGUGUUUGGUUUUUCUGUGUGCUUUCUGC